AUGUGGUACUUGCUCUUCCUGCUAUACCGCAUUUGGAGGAAGACAUUAGAUAUCACAGGGCGUCCGAGUGAUCGGCAAAGCUGGAGCGUUGCGUUAGCAACGUGGAUCCCAUUAGUCGUGGAAUUCGUGUAUAUGUGUAUCUUCGGAACGAAGUCUGGUCUGGAGGGACGACUACCGGCCGGCUACGAAGCCGUUCCAGUGACCACUGGACUUGAUGACAGCGCCCAGCCUGUCCCACUCAGGACUUCUAGGACUUAG